AUGGCAUCGCAUUUUCAGUCUGCCUCGCGGUGGUGUCUGCGUCUCGCGACACUACGCGGUGGACCGCACUUGAAAAGCUGGCUUUGCACGGUCGUCUCGACCGCCGCCCGCGACUUGCGCGCGUGGGUGAAAACAGCUGAGCGGCCGGGGUCCGUCUCGCCCACACGAGGUAGGCAGGAGAAAUUGCACCGACAGAUGCUGCAUGCGCCGCCCAGAUCACGACGUGAAACUUUGAGAGAAAAUGCGAUGUCUCUUCGUGCAGAUACGGUCACGGAGUCCGUACGGUCAACAUCGGUCAACAGCUCAUGCCGCGGGGGAUUCCACGGCUUGCUCCACGUCGCGAUGCAACCGGAGACUGAGCUGUUUUUCAUGUCGUUGCGUGUGGUCUUUGAAGCAAUCGGACGGAUAGCUCUCGAGGGCGCUCUCGAGGCUCUCCAAAGAGACGGCAAAGCCCGUGUGAUGCCCAAGGACAGCGAUAGCGGUCCGCGACCAGCGGCAAGUCGCAAAGAGCGAAAGGAGAAAAAAGUAAAGGAUGUGAAGGAUGUGAAGGAUGUGAAGAAAGUAAAAGAUGAUGUGAAGGUCGCCAGGGUCAGGAGUCCGAGUCCUCCGAGUCCGAGCCGAGGGAGCCGAGGGAGCCGAGCCGACUCCGUGUCUCCGAAGAAGGAGAGGAAGUCAGAGGUGAAAGUCGCAAAGUCCAAGCACUCCAAGCACUCCAAGCACAAGCACAAGCACGACGAGAAAGGUGAGAAAGGUGAGAAAGGUGAAAAGUCAAAGAUGUCCGAGAAGUCCAAGGUGGCAAAGCUUUCGGAAAAGUCGAAAAAGAAGCACGAAGAGGAGGCUCUCAAUGGCAGAAGGACGGCUGCCGGAGUGGUUGAGGAGGACGCUCAGGAGUCAGAAGAUGAAGGGAAGGGUGACACAAGUGAAGGCGAAGCAAGUGAAGCACCUAAGGCAAAGAAGCAAACUGCGCCAAAGAUGCCAGAGAAGAAGAAGAAAAAGGACAAGGAGGAGAAACGUCCCAAGAGUCCCAAGAGUCCCAAGAGUCCCAAGAGUCCCAAGACGAAGGCGAAACGGAAACAUCUCAAGGCCCAGGAGCACCAGGAGCCCCACCAGGACACCUCCGAGGCCGAGAAAACCGAGCUCGAAGCCACCUCCGAGGCAGAGAAGGAGCCUCCGAAGUCGAAGAGAAAGGCCAAAACCAUGGAAAAACAUGACAAAACGCUCGGAAAGACCGUGAAAGCCAAGGAAAAGAAGGAAAAGAAGGAAAUGAGGAAGAAAAUUCAGGAGUCAGAAGAUGAAGGGAAGGGUGACACAAGUGAAGGCGAAGCAAGUGAAGCACCUAAGGCAAAGAAGCAAACUGCGCCAAAGAUGCCAGAGAAGAAGAAGAAAAAGGACAAGGAGGAGAAACGUCCCAAGAGUCCCAAGAGUCCCAAGACGAAGGCGAAACGGAAACAUCUCAAGGCCCAGGAGCACCAGGAGCCCCACCAGGACACCUCCGAGGCCGAGAAAACCGAGCUCGAAGCCACCUCCGAGGCAGAGAAGACGGAGAAAUUCGAGGCGAGUUCGGAGGCAGCGGAGACGGAGAAAUUUGAAGCGACUUCGGAGGCUGAGAAAAGCGAGGAUCUGCCAGAUCUGCCAGAUCUGCCAGAUCUACCUCCAGAACCUCCAGAGCCAGAGGAUUUGCCGGAUCUGCCAGACCUGCCAGAGGAUCCUCCAGAAGCGGAAAAUUUGCCCGAAAAAGCGGAGAAGCUAAAAGAGGAACUGCUGGGCAAAGGCGGAAUGGAUCCACACUUUCGGGAGCCCAAUCUGACGCUUCUGCAGGAAGAUUUGAAAGCAGCAAUCACCAAAGUGAGCCAUGGAGAGGCACCAGUGAAGCGAGCUUCGCCUGUAAUCGAGUCGGAAGACGAGGCGCCACUUGGGGUGUUCCAUGGAUCCUGCGGUUGCAGUUCCCAUCGAUGCCUCCAACAAGUGUAUAGUUUGUAUAGUUUCAGAGUGAGUUGCACCCUCUCAUCCAUUUGCCAAUAUUUGCCAUCCAUUUGCCAUCCAUUUGCCAUCCAUUUGUCCAUGUCUCAUCCAUUUGCCAUCAAUAUCUUCUCCCAAGUCCCAAGUGGGCGGUUUUUUGAUGUUUUUUGGUUCCCAGAUGUUCCCAGCCCAGCUGCAUCCUUCCGGUCCUGCUCCGCUGCUCCGGUCCUGCGCAGUUCUCCACAUCCUCGGGCGUGA